UAUAUUUCCACUAGCUUUUGCAAUAGUCGAUUCAGAAAAUGAUGCGUCAUGGCAAUACUUCAUGGAUAAACUCAAACAAACAUAUGGGGAACGGGAAGAGCAAUGCAUAAUUUUAGAUAGACAUGAAAGUAUCGCAAAAUCAGUGAAAAUGAUAUUUCCCAACUUGAUGCAUGGGGUAUGUUGCUUCCAUCUAUUCCAAAAUAUAAAAUCAAGAUUUAGAAAAGGAGGAGAUGAGCUGAGAGAUGCAUUCUAUUGUGCAGCAAAAGCAUAUAAUCUUGCUGAUUUUGAAGGAUUCAUGAAAGAAAUAGACACCAUAGACAACCGAAUUCGUCCUUACUUGACAAAUGAAGUUGGCCUCAAUAAAUGGACAAGGGUUUAUAGCACAAACAAGCGUUACUCAACAAUGACCUCAAAUAUAUCAGAAUCCGUGAAUUCAGCCUUGAAAGAAGUAAGAGAGUUACCCAUUGGCACACUACUAGAAUGUCUACGCUGCUUGGUUCAAAGAUGGAGUUGGACAAACAAAAAUAGAGCUCUUGCUACACUCACAACACUAGCAAAAGGACCAGAAAAGGAACUCAAAGACAAAUUAGAUCGCAGUAAAAAAUUGCAGGUUGAAACAUCAAACCAUGCCAUAUAUACAGUCAAUGAGUUAAAAAGUUCGUACAUAGUAGACAUUCAAAAAAAGACAUGCACAUGUCAAAGAUUCCAAUAUGACGAAAUGCCAUGUUCUCAUGCAAUGGCAGUAAUAUCAAAAAGACACUUCAAAUGCUACAAUUUCUGCUCUUAUUUCUACACAAAACAAGCCUUCCUUGCAACAUACGAAGAAACUGUGUUUCCAAUAGGUGACCGAGACUCAUGGGAGUUACCUGAUCAUAUUAGACAAAUUGAAGUACUGCCACCAAAGCACAAAAGACCAGCAGGAAGGCCAAGAAAACAACGGUAUAAGACCGCAAUGGAGAAAGCAACACAGAAUCAAUGCACACAAUGCUUGAAAAGAGGACACAACCGAAGGACUUGCAAGAAUGAACCAUUGGAACCAUCCGCAAAGAGAAAAAGAUACUAAAUAGACAUUGAAUUCCUACAACUACUAAAUAAACAUGAACAAUACGUUCCAAUUACUAUCUGCAACCAAAUUUCUUCUUUUUUCAUGUAUGUUCUGUUUGAAUAAUUCAACAUCAAAUAAAGAUU